AUGGCAUGGGGACUAUGGACCUGUCCCGUCGACUGCAGCCUGCCGUCCAGCGCAGUGACCCUGGUAGCACCCUACGGAGACAUAUCAGGUCCAGGCGUCGUAGCCGGAUUUGUUGUUGCCGCUGGGAUCACUGUGUUGGCCGUCACAGCCUCCUAUUUUCUUUCGUCUGAUGCACAUGACGGAAUCCACCAUGAGCAGAAGAACCUCAUUGAUGAGGUAGUCCUGGGCUCUAUACGAAAGACAGGUCGAUUGGUCUUUGCCUACGCCGACAGCUUCAUCCCAAGCCGCAUCUCACCUUGGCUGGCCACAAUUCUGGGCCAAGAUAGGGUCAGACGCGUGGUUUCUACUUCUCUCCUAGCCUUGAGCGACAUCCAAAUCUUCACAGGCCUGGCUAUUCUCAUCAAUGGCUUCGUCUCGCUCUGUCCAUCUCCAUCCCAGCCAAACGGGCUCCCUGCCUAUCACUGGCAGAUUCUAGUCCAUCUCGCAUGGUUUUCGACGAUUACCCACCAGGGAACCCUCUUCUUGAUGCAAAACCACUCCCGAGAGCAUCGCUGGCAAAGGAACGUUCGCCUCUUGCUCAUGUGUGCGCUGCUGGUCUUGCUCAUGAUCGCAAUGGUCCCUACGGCGUAUUUCAACUGGUACAGCGAACGCGGCCUCGUACAGCUUGAUGGACCAUCGGAUACCAAGGGGCUCGUUCCCGACGGCUGGCUAGUCAGCUAUCCUAUGCUUGCAAGGUCGGCUGCCCAGCCUGUCUCGCCCACGUCGUGCUAUUUCGACGUUUCCAGCGCGAAUGAUCUGUAUCUCUCGGCCGAUCCUUGCCGGUGGGGUGACUUCACUCCACUAAGGCCUCCUCGGCUUACUGACGCUGCCGCCUUGAUAAUAAGAAGAGUGAUCAUGUACGAAAACGCCAACCUCUUUGCGAUUACCUACGACGAAGCAGGUUCGCGAAAUUUAUCGAGUCCCUCUUUAGAUUUCAACUCCACCCGCGAACGAUAUUGCGAUCUUCAUACUCCGCUGUCCGGGACAGACUCCUUUCAGGCUGCUGCUCUUGGGAUGGCAACUGUGGCCAUACUGAUCGUGUGGAACGCUGCAAGGCUGUUUGGGUAUCCAUCGUCGUUUUUCAGAAGACGCAUCAGAAAUCCCAUAGGCGGCUACAGCCGACGCGCCAUCGAACACACAUCCAGCCGGGCAAUGCGUAUGUUCCCGACGACUGGCCAUAGACCCGAUCUUGCGGAAAGUCUUGUCACAACUCCGCUGUUGGCCUUGCAUCUGACGGGUCGCCUGCUUCUGGACAUGUCCACCUCGAAGCUAGCAAAGGUACUUCUUUUGAUAUUUGCAUUUGUCCAAGGAUGUAUGACACUUUAUCCAGCACACGACCCCUAUUUCCACAAGAUUCAACACGGGGCCUGGACAUUCGGCCAAAUAUUGGCCGUUCUUGGUCCACUCAGCCCUCUAGCUCUGGUAGUGCCUGAGGUCUUCAAGCGCGGAAGUCGUGCAUGGCACACAUCAAGCCACCAGACAGCACAUCCAACUCCUGCCGCCGCAAUCACUCAAAGCAGCCAUACCAGCCAUGAUCGCGGCAUUGGGUUGCGUGCAAAGAACGACGGGCAUUCAGAGGCUGAUGUCACUGAACUCGACGCGAGACAGAUACGUGAGACGGAUGACCAAGGAGAAGACAGCGUCGGCCCAGAUGGCGCCACCUCCGUACUCGACAGUCCGGAAUAUCGAUCUAGCAAAUGGAUGUCCAUCGCAGUUUGGCUCCUGGUCGUCACAGUCACACUGCUUGCCUCUGCCCAGAUUGUUUACGUCUACGUGGGCUUUUCGGGCCCUGAAAGGCUACCGAUACUUCUCUCCACGGCCCUUGACAUCCUUCCAGCAUCCUGUUAUGCGUGGGCCCUCAUGGGACUUUCCAUUCGGAGCCAGGCUGCCCACUACGCUUCGGGAUAUCGCCAUGGCUCUCGCUUCAUAACGUGGAUAACCACGCCUAAUGCAUCACAAUUGAUGAUGUUUACCGCAGUCUUCAGCCCUAUCGGCGUCAUCAUGUUAACCCUGCUCGACGUCCUCGGUUCCCAGAAUCCAUCGCCGCUAGGUUGA